UAUAUAUAUUUAGCAAUCCCACCAUACGUUCCACCACACCAUCACAGACCAUAAUUGCAAUCCCACCAUAAUUGCUCUGAUCCUCACUCAUUUUUCUCUUUCAUUUCUAUUCAGUUCGGUACCCAUCAAUCGGAAAAGUUUUUCCGGCGGCAGAGUAACCACCGGAGUUUCUACGGAAGCACAUAUUGCAUUUCGCAUGCUCAUUAUGAUGUUUGAUUCUAAGUAUAUACUAUACUAAUCAUUUGGAUCCCUGAUUAUUCAGAAGAAAAUAUGUCAAAGGAACCUGCAGACGAAAGGUAUGACCUCGAAGCUCAGCAUGAACCUUUCCUUAUGUCUGAUGAGACUCCGAGUCCCAAUCCCAGUCCCAGUCCCACACAGAUUUUGGGAGUAAUCAGCCAGCUCAUCCGCUCAGCCCAUAUCUUCCUUGCUGCAGCUAACAUUGGUGGGAGGUCUCCAUCUUUCUCCAGAGUCUCAUCAUCAUCUCCAACUUACAGUCCUCUUGAUGGCAGCUAUGAUGCUAAAGAAGAACACUCUGAAAUUAUAAAGCUCGAGUGUUGCUUACCUGAACAAGCCUUGAACGUUGGCAGCGGUGGUGAGCUCCAACUUCCCCAACAUUCAAGAAUCACCGAGAUUGUAAAAGGGAAGAGAUUGCAAUCCCUUCAUGAUUUCGGAGGUGUGAGAGAAGUUGCGGAGGCACUAAACACUGACCUUGAUAAUGGAAUUUCUGGUGAUGAUGAAGAUAUUAUUCAACGCCAAACAAGAAAACUCUGCCAAAUUCAACCUCCUGCACUCACUUUCACUCACUUCCUUUUAGAAGCUACCAACAACUACACCAUUUUUCUCCUCUCAUUGGCUGCAAUAUUGUCCUUUGCGUUUGGGAUGAAGGAGGAAGGCCCAGAGAAUGGUUGGUUUGAUGGAGUUAUUGUAGCUAUCACUGUCGUUGUUCUCAUUAUUUUCACUUCCACGCAGAAAUACUGGGAAGCAAGAAGGUCUCGGAAGAAAGAGAAACAAAAACCGUCUCCCAAGGGAAAGGAAAUGGAAAUUGAAGUCAUCAGAGCGGGAGACAAAUCCCCGAUCCAUAUCUCGGAACUUGUGUGUGGUGACAUAGUAUACCUGAAAAGGGGGUCCCAAGUUCCUGCUGAUGGUUUGUUUGUAGAUGGUCAAGGGUUAGUAUUGGAUGAUGGGUUGAAGUCUUUCAUUAAUGACCAAAAUCCAUUUUUGUUUUAUGGUGCAAUGGUGAUCAAUGGCGAUGCUAGAAUGAUUGUGACUUCUGUUGGAGAGGACACACAGUGGGGUGCCACAAUGAGAAGGGCGACUAAUUCUCCUGACAAGAAGACCAAAUUGGAAGCUCGACUUGACAAGUUGAGCACUUGCAUACACACUGUAGGGCUUCUAAUCACUAUCCUCAUGCUUGUAGUGUUGUUCCUGCGAUUUGUAUUGAGAAAAAUAGAUGAUGAGAAUGGGUUCAGACCAGAAUCAAAGGGGGAACCAACUGCAACAAGGACGAUUAUAAACGCCAUAAAGAAGAUUAUCGUAGAACAAAAGGGGACAGCAAGAGCUUUGACAACUUUAUUGAGCGUGUCACUUGUGGGGAUAAUGGAAGGCCUACCCUUUGUUGUUUCAUUGGCGAUCACUUAUUGGAAUCACAAGACAAUGUCGGAUAAGGCCACAGAACAGGAAUUUCUAGCUUGUGUCUCCAUGGCAUCAGUUACGACUAUCUGCACGGAUACCAUCGGUGGCUUGACAGAGCAUUCGAUGGAAGUUGACAAGUUAUUUAUUGGCGAAAAACUCAUCACUGAGAGCUUCUUGAUAUCCCCAUUUGUUUUUGAACUGCUGUCCGAAGGAAUUGGAAUGUCAAUUUUGAUACCUGAGAGUGACUCCAGUGUUAAGGAAUCAGUUCAUUCAUGGGCUGCAGAAAAGCUUGGUAUGCUAAAGGAGACUUUGGAACGACAUUGCACCGUUAUGAACAUUGAAAGAGGACCGGACAGUGAUGAUCAAGAACUUUGUGGAAUGUUGGUGGAGAAAAAUCGAGACGGUAGAAAAGAUAUGUAUUCGCAUUGGAACGGGCCUGGUGCGAAGAUAUUGGCCAUGUGUUCCGAUUACUAUGACUAUAAAGGAGAGAAACAUGCCAUGGAUGAUCAGAAAAGGGUGAUGUUUGAGCGAGUUGAUAAGGAAAUGGUGGGAAAAAAUUGGAAGACAAUUGCAUUUGCUUGCAAAAAAACUGAUGCCCCAACACUUGAAGCAAAUGGCUUAACCUUGCUGGGGUUGCUAGGCCUGAAAAACACAAGUCGAGAGGAUAUAAAGAAAGCCAUCGACACUUCUAAAGCAGCUGGAGUCAAAACCAUAAUAGUCUCAGGACAUGAUGUCUCUGAACUUGAAACCAUAGCCAAUAAGUUCGGGUUACUCAAUUCUGACUCAAAUGAUCUGGCGCUUACAGGUGAAGAGUUUCGAAAUUACAAUGAUGAAGAGAGGAGGGGAGCAAUAGAUAGAGUUCGUGUGAUGGGAAACUCCGAACCAUCUGACAAGCUUCUCCUGGUAAAGUGUUUGAAGGAAAAGGGUGAAGUAGUUGCAUAUGUUGGACAACUAACAAAUGAUGCUCCAGCACUAAAAGAAGCUGACAUAGGACUGACCAUGGGGACUUGGAGCUCAGACAAGGCAAGAGAGAACUCUGAUAUUAUCAUCUGGGAUGGGAAUUUUAGUUUUGUAGUGUAUACAAUCAAGUGUGGGAAAUGUCUUUACGAGAAUAUUCAGAAGUUUAUCCAAGUGGAGCUCAUUAUGACCAUCUCUAGCCUAUUGAUAAACUUUAUAGGGAUAGGAUUUUUGGGAGAUGCCCCAUUGACAACACUCCAAUUGUUCUGGGUGAACCUGGUUGUGGCAUUUGUAGGUGGUUGUGUAGUGCUGACAGGGCCACCAACAGAGAGGCAAAUGAAUAAUCCUCCGCUGAACAAAGCUAAAUCACUCAUAACCAAGGCCAUGUGGAGAAACACAUUGACCCAAGCUUCAUAUCAGAUUGCCACUCUAGUCACUCUUCAACACAAAGGAAAUGCCAUACCGGGCAUCAGUGGCAAUGUUAAAAAAUCCAUGAUCUUCAAUUGCUUUGUUCUCUGCCAGUUUUUCAACCUGUUCACUGCUAGGGAGUUGGAGGAGAUGAAUUUUUUCAGAGGCCUCAAACAAAACCACUGGUUUUGGGUGGCUUUAGGUGUUUUUAUGGUAUUGCAUGUGGGGUUUGUUCUUGUCACCGGAGCUGGUUUAAAGUGGAUACUAUGGCUAGGCUGUUUUUUGAUUGCUGUGGCCUCGCUGCUCAUUGAUUGUGCCGGAAAGCACGUAUCGCAAAUGGUUUUUACCGGAAACAGCUGGUCUAGAAUUAGGUCUAUCUUCGGUAGGAUGUCGAAUCCAUCAUCUCUUCCCUCAGAAUCAGUCCCCAAUCUUCAUCACCCAGUCAUAAACCAAUCUUCCUAA